AUGGAACACCACCACGGCGGCGGCGGUGGGGAGCACGAAGGCAUGCCGAUGCCGAUGCCGGGCCAUGGCGACGGGGGCCAUGGCGGGGCUGGUGAGAUGAUGUGCGCCAUGUCGAUGGUGUGGAAUGCAUCGACGUCCAACGUCUGCGUCGUCUUUUCCUCCUGGCGCAUCUCGGGCGCCUACUCGAUGAUCCUGUCGGCGCUGGUCCUGAUGGUGCUCGCGGCGACGCUCGAGUACGUGCGCAUGAGGAUGCGGGACCUCGAUGCGCGCAUCGUCCUGGCGUCUGCCGCUGGCUCGGCGGGAUCCGCGCGCAGUCGAGGCUCGCUCGGUGCCGUCGGCCUCGGCUCGGCCUCGACGAUGGCUGGGCUUGGAUUGGGCCAGCACAGGCGCAAGGCCAGCGUAAAGGGCAUCAACAGCAGCAGCAGCAACAGCGCGGGCCAGCUAAGUCCAGCGCUGGGAGCGGGGAGCGGGGCCAACAGCAGCGGAAGCAGUCGGACCGGCAGCGAUAUUGAUGACGGCGCUCCGCUCCUUCCAGGCGGCGGCGGGCCCUCGACGAGGAGCACCCGGAGAGUCUCGCCGUCCUGGUCGUUUGGCAGCUCAUUCCGUCUCGCCGUGCCACCACUGCCCGUGGCGCAGUCGACGCAGCUGAUGCGCACGCUGCUUUUCGGCCUGAGCCUGACGCUGAGCAUGUUCCUCAUGCUCGUCUUCAUGACCUACAACGCCUAUCUCAUCUUCUCCGUCCUCUUCGGAUACAUGGUGGGCCACUACCUCUUCAAUCGCGACAUUGGCGGGCCAGGCCAGCUCUUUGAAGAGGACAAGGGCACGGCGUGCCACUGA